AUGUUUGGUUUAGCUAUAGGUGAUGCUCUUGGUGCUCAUGUCGAAUCCAGGCCUCACAGUUAUUUGGUUGCUAAUCCAGUCAAGGAUCUAAUAGGAGGAGGUACAUGGGGUCUACAAGAAGGACAGUUCACUGAUGACACUACCAUGGCGCUUUGUUUGGGCAUUUCGCUGAUUACUUGUCACGACUUUGUACCAUAUGAUCAAUUAGUUCGGUACAAGUGGUGGUAUCGACAUGGCUAUAUGUCAUCGACUGGUCAUUGUUUCGACAUUGGUGCUGCAACUAAAGAUUCCAUUCUAGAAUUUGAAAAGCGUCAAAACCAAUUUGCACAAGAUCAUGAUAUUUCUUUAGAUGAAAUAGACUUUAUGUCUGAUCGUACUCUUCUUCAAGCUUUCAAUGUUAAAUGCAGUAAAGAAGGCGUGGCCGGCAAUGCGGCCCUGAUGCGUCUUGCACCUGUACCCAUUUUCUUCUUUCGCGAUGAGAAAAUGGCCGUAGAAUAUUCUGGCAUGAGUGGCCAAAUAACUCAUGGGGAUGUCAAAGUUUAUGAUGCUUGUAGUUAUUAUGCAGCUCUUAUUGUGGCUGCUCUGAAUGGCGAAAAGAAAGACAAACUCACUAGUAAAACAUUUUAUGAUGAUCAUUUGGAAUGGUUCGGUCAUCGAAAGCUUCAUUCUGACGUCAUGGCGAUUGCUCAAGGAUCUUACCAAAAACAAGGUGGCUAUGCAGAUGGGAUUCGAGGAAAAGGAUACAUUAUCGAUGCUAUGGAAGCUGCUUUGUGGGCAUUUUGGAGUGAUGAAGACUCAUUCGAGAAAGGUGUACUUAAUGCAGUUAAUUUAGGUGAUGAUACAGAUACAACUGCAGCUAUAUAUGGUCAAUUAGCCGGUGCCUACUAUGGAUAUAAUAAAUUACCGAAAAAAUGGGUAAAACACGAGUGGGCAAAUCGACAUUAA